AUGACAGGUGCUGCUUAUUGUGGAUUAUCACCUCAAAGCCCUCAACAACGUUUAAACAUUCUUGUCAAAGAAACCGGAAGUCGUUUCGUACUUGUUCAUUCGAUGACGCAAAACUUGUUCAGUGAUGAUGUUACUGAACUCAAUAUUGAUGAAAUAAUCAACUCUCGAAACAUUGCUCAUAAUGUCGAUGUUGAUCAACUCUCAAGAGUCGCUGUGAUACCCGAGAAUAUCGCCUAUGUUAUUUUCACUAGUGGAUCGACAGGCAUACCGAAAGCAGGUCAACUACGACAUCGAAAUCUAAUUGAAUGCGAAGUUCUCACUGCUAAAUUAGUGCGUUUAUUAAGAAGUUAUGUUGAAGAAAAUUGUCUAAUAUGGAAUUUGUAUGGGCCAUCAGAAAUAACAAUGGGCUGUACUUAUCACAAGGUAGAUGAGACAUCUGAAAAAUCAAAUAUUUGUAUUGGCCGAUCUUUUCCUAAUUAUCAAUGCCGCAUUGUCAACGAGAUGCUUCAACCUGUCAUCGUCAACCAGGAAGGUGAAUUACUUGUAGGUGGCGUGGGUAUAUUUGCUGGUUAUCUGGGUCGUGACGAUUUGACAGCAAAGACACUCAUUGAGAUCGAUGAUGAACUUUUUUAUCGAACAGGUGAUCUUGUACGAUUAGACAGCAAUGGCUUUGUACAUUAUGUUGGGCGCAAAGAUCACCAAGUAAAAUUACGUGGACAACGUAUCGAGCUCGGCGAAAUCGAACAAUGUCUGCUGCAGUCAUCACCACAAGUCACUGCUUGUGUUGUUACUAAAUAUGAUGAUGAACAUUUGGUCGCAUACGUGCAAAGUUCUGAUAUCGAUGAGGAAUUAUUACAGACAUAUUGUCAUUCUCAUCUUCCACAGUAUAUGGUUCCAUCAAAGUUUAUCAUACUCCAACAAGUACCAUUGAAUGCCAACGGAAAGAUGGAUCGACAACGUCUUCCAAUACCAGACUUUUCGUCGUCGAAAUCUUCGACAGGAUUUGAUGCAAACGACUGUGCGAUUAUCGGUAUGGCCGGGGUAUUUCCUGGUUGCAAUAAUAUCGACGAAUUUUGGUCAAUGCUUAAGGAAGGUCGUUCGGGCAUAGUAACAUUAUCUGAUGACGAGCUCCGUAGUUAUGUUCCCGAGGAACUGCUAAAAAAUCCGCGUUAUGUACGCCGCACGGGUCGAUUAACAUGUGGCAUUGAUCUCUUCGAUCAUGCAUUUUUUGGUACAUCGCCUCGUGAAGCUUCACUCACGGACCCUCAACAUCGCUUGCUGCUCGAAGUUGUCUAUCGAGCUUGCGAAGAUGCUGCCGUCAAUUUACAAUCGCCGGAUGAGACGAUAGGCUGUUUUAUUGCUGCAAGUGAUAGUAGUUACUAUCUGUUCAAUCUGCAACAUUUGCAUGACUCCAGUGAUAAACAACCUACCGUAGAACGACAAAUGCGUCUGAAUAAUAUGAUGGGCACCAUGGCUACUAAGCUCGCGUAUUAUCUUGAUCUCACGGGUGCUGCUAUUAACGUACAAACGGCUUGUUCUUCGGGUCUUGUCGCACUACAGGUGGCUAUUGACCAUCUGCGAUUAGGACGUUGCACAGUAGCCAUUGUUGGCACAAGCUGUAUUCAUUUGCCGACAAGUGGUUAUCUCUAUGAGCCAGGUAGUAUCUAUAGUCCGAUCGGUCAAUGUGCUCCGUUUGAUGCAUCGGCCAAUGGAAUCGUUCUUGGUGAUUCAGUUUCCGCCGUCGUACUCAAACUCGCUAGUAGAGCUGUUGUACACCGUCAUAACAUUCGUGCGCUGAUCAAAAGCUGUGCUGUCAACAACAAUGGAAGUGUACGCGGAGCAGCGAGCUUUGCUGCACCAAAUGCAAUCGCUCAAGCUGAAUGCAUUCGCGGAGCAUUGACAGAAGCCAAUGUCAAUGCUACUGAUAUAGUUUACGUCGAAGGACAUGGUACUGGUACAGCAGUAGGUGAUCCAAUUGAAGUCGAGGGGCUUACACUGGCGUUUGACACUUUUCAACGACAAUACUGUGUCUUGGGUAGUGUCAAAUCUAAUGUCGGACAUACAGACAUAGCUGCUGGUCUUGUCGCACGUGCGCCGAAGAUUCCUUUUAUCAGUACAGUUACAGGCAACUGGUUGGAUGAAGAUUAUGUUCCUGAUAUUGAAUAUUGGUGUCGUCACAUGCGACAGACAGUACUCUGGCAUCAAGCAGUAAAAACGCUUGAUCAACAGAACUCUUCGUCACCUACAGAACGUAGUAAUAAAACACUCUAUAUUGAAUGUUCUCUUAACAACAUACUGACCAAUGUGACCAAAGCCAGUGUUAAAGCAGAAUCAUCAUUAGUUCUUCCAUCAGCAUCAACAGACACUACUAAUGUCGAACUCUCAAUAAAACAAGCGCUGAGUACUUGCUGGUGUCAUGGUCUCGAAGACAUUGAUUUUCAAUCAGUUUACAAUUCCUUCAGUGGAUCAUCAAGUGUUUAUAAUAAUGCAUCAUUUAUUUCCAUGCCAGGUCAAGUCUUUAACAGGCAACGCCAUUGGAUCGAUGCACCAUCACUGCAUCAACUUAAAGAGAACAUCACAAAACAACCAUCAAUGUCAACUGUUGAUGCCGAUGAAAUCAAACAGCAUGAAACUAUUCAACCUAUGAUGAACUCGUCUUCUCUAAUAACACAACUUAUUGAAAUCUUUGUUUCAGUGACCGGCGAUGUGUUGACAAAUAAGCAUAGUGACUUUUUCGCAUCAGGUGGCGAUAGUCACACAGCCAUAAUUCUAAUUAGUCGCAUCAACCACCUAUUCAAUGUCAAACUGACGAACAAAGAUUUAACAGAGAUGCCAGUCCUUGAGCAACUUGCAGCGCGCAUCGAACAAAUCAAACAUAAAAAAAUUCUGCAGACAGCACCAGAAGUUAAAAUGGCUCAAUUGUCUUCUCUACUUCAUCUAUCAUACCAGGAUGAUCAAAUUAUUGUAAUGAAAAAAGGCACUUGUUCGUCGCAAGCACCAAUCUUUGUUAUCGCUCCGACUGGCGGUACCUGCUUCAUCUAUAGAGAUUUAUGCAAGUAUCUAAAUACAUCGAUUACUGUUCUAGCUCUAAAAUAUCCUGAUAUAUCGCCGUCAUUAUCCUCUGAACAUUGUGAGGAUUCAGUCGCUAACUUAGCAUCCUACUAUAUCGAAGUUAUGCGUAGCAUACAACCUGAAGCAACAUCGUAUAUUCUUCUUGGCACAUCCUUUGGUGGUAUGAUAGGUUAUGAAAUGAGUCAGCAGUUGAGCACAUUGUCAUCAACAAGUGUUCAUAUUAGUCGACUAUUCAUGAUCGAUACACCGACGAAAGAAUCCUUGCGUAUACAUCUUGAUGAUACAACUUCUAAUAAUAAUAAAAAUGUAAGAGCAAUUGUUCUCUGGGCUAUGUUUGGAACGAAGUACAAUUUUUCUCUCGCUCAAGCCGAACAUGAAUGUAUGAAAGAUGAAGAGGAGUUAAAGCGGUUCUGUAUCGAUAAAAAAAUUUUAUCCAGUAAUGCUGUUGAUUUAGAUACUGAAUUCCGUGAACUUUGUCAGUACAUGCAUAUUUUUGGACGAAACAUGCGCGCUAUAGACGACUAUACUGUUGAACCGUUGAAAAGUCGAUUGACAGAAGUCAAUUAUAUCCAAGUGAAGUCACCACUACCGCAUGAUCCCGUCGAACCAUAUCGAACUUGGUCACAAGCAGUUCCUCGAAAUCAAUUUAAACUUUUUCAUGUCGAUGGUGAUCAUCUCUCUGUUAAUUUUGAACCAUAUGUACAGCAAUUGGCAAGUCUCAUCAAUAGAGAACUUUUAUCAAGCUCAAUAUCGUAA